CAUUCUCAACCGAAUCAAAAGUUCAAAAUAACGAAACAAGCCUCCUCAUCGUAUCGUAUGUUACCUACCAGUUAGAAAAACACUGCACUGACCCACAAAUUGCACACAAUUUCAUAACACUCAAAUUUCAAAUUUUCUCAAUUCUUUCUUUCAAUUCUUCUUCUUCUUGUUCUUCGAAUUCUUCGUUCAGCUCAGAAACCUGAAAAUUUCUCAUUCUUCCUUUUCUUUUUGUUGAAUUUCCGAAAAAGCCCUCAUCUUGUCGAAAAAUGCCAAAUCGAAAUUCAUCAACAUAGCCGCCACCAACCACCACACAACCCACCGUAAACCACCGAUCUCCGAUUUCAAAAUGAUUGUUCGCACAUACAAUCGCCGCAAACCAUCAAUUACCGGAACGUAUUCAUCCUCUUCCCUAAACGACGACGUAUCAGACUCCCUUUCCCUUUCCCAAUCCCAAUCCCAAGACCCACUCUACCCCGAUUUCGCUUUCUCUUCUCAAGAUUCUUCCUCUCAGUGGUCUUUCUUCGAUUCCGACCCCAAUUCAAUCGACGAUUUUGGUUACGGCUGUCGCCGGGAGCCAAAGAGGGCAAAAAACGCAUCCACAAAAAACGGAUUCUCGUAUCCGGCGACGUCGACGUUGAUGGAGGCGCAGGAGUUUGGGGAGAUGAUGGAGCAAAAUGAUGAGGUUAAUUUCGCUCUUGAUGGGCUUCGGAAAGGUCAACCGAUUCGGAUCAGAAGGGCUAGUUUGGUUUCUCUUUUGUCAAUUUGUGCCACAACACAGCAAAGAAGGCUUCUUCGUUCUCAAGGGAUGGCAAAGACAAUAGUUGAUGGAAUUUUGGGUCUCAGCCUUGAUGAUUCUCCCAGCAAUCUUGCAGCUGCAACCCUUUUCUACAUUUUAACCAGUGAUGGUCAAGAUGAUCAUCUCCUUGAAUCACCUUGUUGUGUUAAAUUUCUAAUCAAGUUGUUAAGACCAAUUGUAUCCACAACUAUGAAAGACAAAGCACCAAGUCUUGGCUCGAAACUUCUAUCAUUGCGGCAGAAUGAUGACAUGCUAAAAAAAACAACGUCAAAAUUUGACUCCAGUUCCAUUGCAGUUUUUUCUAGAGUCCAAGAAGUUCUAAUUAAUUGCAAAGAGCUAAAAGCAACAUGUCAGAAUAACAGUCAGAUUGAGAGGCCAGAGUUAUGCCCAAAAUGGUUAACAUUGCUGACUAUGGAGAAGGCUUGUUUAUCUGCCAUUUCUCUUGAUGAAACAUCUGGUGCUGUACGGAAGACUGGUGGCAAUUUUAAGGAAAAAUUAAGGGAGCAUGGAGGACUUGAUGCAGUAUUUGACGUCACUAUGAAUUGUCAUUCAGAUCUGAAGAAUUGGAAGGACUACAGUUCUCUGUCUACCAAAGAUUUGAGAAAUGAAAAACGUCUAAAGAGCCUAACCUUGCUUCUUAAGUGCCUGAAGAUAAUGGAAAAUGCUACUUUCCUAAGCAAAGACAACCAGACUCAUUUGCUUGGAAUGAAAGGAAAAUUGAGUCCCAAGGCAACCCCGUUGUCGUUUACGGAGCUGAUUAUAAUUGUCAUAAAAAUGCUCUCAGAUCUAUGUUUACGCCGGAGUGCCUCUCCUGUGUCCGUUGAUAACAAGCUUAACGACCCUUACAUUAUGGUCAGCGAUGAUUCUGAACUGGAUCAGCUAAGAGACUAUAAAGAGAAUAAACCUAUAUCCAUUAGUUCCAGUAGGAGUUACAAUGGUCUGGAGAGGGCCUCUUCUAUUAAGAAUUCUAACCUUUCUCAUAACACCCAACUAUUGACAUGUGCUCGGUUGGAAAGAUCACUCUCGGUUUCUGAAACUCCCAGCACAUCAACCACUGAUACAUACUCACUAAAGAUGAGGAUCAAUUCAUCCACAUCUGGUUCUUGCAGUAGUUUAUCAAAGAGUUCAUACUGUAAAAAGCCCAUGACCCAAAAUAGUUCCAGGAAGAAUGUUCACUUUACUGAAGGUGCUUCUGUUGUAGUCUUGGAAGAUAGCCACGAUCCCUUUGCAUUUGAUGAGGAUGACAGUGGUAUAUCAAAGAGUUCGUACUGUAAAAAAUCUAUGACCCAAAAUAGUUCCAGGAAGAAUGUUCAGUUUAUGAAAGGUACCCCGGUUGUAAUCUUGGAAGAUAGCCAAGAUCCAUAUGCAUUUGAUGAGGAUGACAGUGGCUUAUCAAAGAGUUCUUUCUGUAAAAAGUCCACGUCCCUAAGUAGUUCGAGGAAGAAUGUUCACUUUACGGAACGUACACCGGUUGUAAUCCUGGAAGAUAGCCAAGACCCCUUUGCAUUUGACGAGGAUGAUAUUGCGCCCUCUAAGUGGGACCUACUAUCGGGGAAACAAAACACAACUCAUUCUAAAAAACAUAAGGAUGCAAAUAGAGAAUUUGAAAAUGAACGUCAAUCGCAAACCAAAAUGAUUCAAGAAGAGUUAAGUGACGGGAAUAUCAAUUGUUCCAGUUCUGAUAUAAGUUAUGAAGAUUCCAGCCUUCUAACUGAUUGCCUCCUUACUGCUGUCAAGGUGUUGAUGAAUUUGACUAACGACAACCCUAUUGGCUGUCAAUUAAUUGCUACCCAUGGAGGAUUGGAGGCUAUGUCUAUGUUAAUUGCUGGUCAUUUCCCUUCUUUCAGCUCACCGUCAUCCUUUGCUCAGAUAAAAGAAAAUCCCUUGAGAACUGAAAAAGACCAUCUAUGUGAUAGGCAUCUAACUGACCACGAGUUGGAUUUUCUUGUUGCUAUUCUGGGCUUGCUUGUAAAUCUGGUUGAGAAGGAUGGUCGUAACAGAUCACGGCUUGCAGCAGCCAGCGUUCUACUACCUUCUUCAGAAGGCUUGGACCAGGAGGUUCGGCGGGAUGUUAUUCAAUUAUUAUGCUCUAUUUUCUUGGCUAACCAGGGUGAAAGUGAGGCGGGAGCUGGGGAAGAUAAAAAAUUUGAACUGAAUGAUCCUGCUGCUGUUCUACAAGGUGAAAAGGAAGCUGAGAAAAUGAUUGUGGAAGCUUACUCUGCGUUGCUUCUAGCAUUUCUUUCCACGGAAAGUAAGAGCAUCCGUGUAGCAAUUGCCGACAAUCUUCCAGAUCACAACUUAGCAAGUCUUGUACCUGUGUUGGACAGAUUUGUGGAAUUUCAUCUGUCUUUGGACAUGAUUUCACCAGAGACUCAUAAAACUGUUAGCGAGGUCAUCGAGUCAUGUAGAAUUCGGUGAAAGAUCGAAUGGAAAAUUCUGUACAGCCACGUCUUUCGUUAGGAUUUGUUGCUACUCAGGCAAAAAUAGAAUCACUGCAGCUCAUUUCAUUAAAAUUUGACCAACUUUUAUAUGCCGUUCUCAACGCAUAUACUCUUAUUUUAUAUCACCAUGCUGGUGAUACGGAGAUGCUUGUAUACAAAAAAAAUCAAUAGUAGGAUGGAUGCGUUCCUAGCAUAGUCUGUGUGUAAUCAAUAGUUGUAAUUUUUUUUGUUGAUUUUUUUGUUUAUUCAUUCACAUUCUUGUAUUAGAAGUUCAUAUAUUGUAUUUCAAGUUCUCACGUCCUUAGUUUCUCUAUCUUUUCAACA